AUGCUCUCUAGCCUCCCAAGGCACAAUUUGGAUGACGAAGACGUUGCUCGAGUGGAUGAAGCUACACAUACGAAGUUGGCCGAUGAACUCAAUGUUCUAAAAGAUAGAUAUUCUGAUGAAGAGAAAGCAAAGCUUGCGGAGGAUAUUGUGGUCUUUCUCAUUCUAUUUUCAUCCCUUAGAAAGAAAAUAACCGAGAACCACAUCAUUUUCCUCUUGUGGUUGGCCUAUUUGAUAGCUGAUUGGGUAGCUGCAUUCGCAAUCAGGCUCAUCUCUCACAACCAAGGCAAUUCAUUCACUCGUGUAGCUGAAGUAGAUAAAGCACUUCAGGCAUUUUGGGCCUCAUUUCUUUUGUUACAUCUUGGUGGUCUGGACACCAUCACUGCCUUCUCUUUGGAGGAUAGUUCACUUUGGCAACGGCAUCUGCUUAGUCUCAUCUUCCAAAUCGGUGCCGCCAUCUAUGUCUUUGCACAUAUAUUUCCUAAUGACAAGUCACUAAUGAUCCCAACGAUGCUAGUGUUUUCUUCCGGGAUCAUAAAAAAUUUGGAGAGGAUAUUAGCACUCAAUCUCUCAAGCCUACCAAGGCUUAGGGAAUGGGUGCAGGAGUUUCCUAAUGUUGAACAGAAUGAGUUGGUUGAAGAACUUGAUGUUCUAGGGGAUGGAUGUUCUGAUGAAGAAGAACCAAGGCUUGCCGAGACUAUUGUGGUGAAGCAUGCUUAUUUCUUCUUUCAAAUUUUUAAGGUCUUCCUCGGAGAUCUCAUAUUCACUCAUAGAGAACGCAAAUUCAGUCGUGAAUAUUUCAACAAAGUUUCUGCAAUGGAUGCGUUGAGGGUGAUAUCAGUCGAACUCCAUUUCAUGUAUGAGGUGCUCCACACAAAAGCAUUGGCAAUACGUUACAAGUGGAACUACAUUUUUCGUUUCAUAGCCAUCAUUGACGUUGUGGUGGCUUUCAUUUUGUUUAAUCGCUUGAAGAAGCAUUGGCUCCCAGAACUUGAUUUGAAAAUUAUUUGUUCCCUUCUUUUCGGAGGGAUUUUUCUUAAUGUGGUUGCUCUGUUUAUGCUCGUUUUCUCUGAUUGGACUAUUGCUAGAAUCAAGUGGUAUGACACAGGAUCAUUUAAACCAAAUUCAUUUCUCCAUGAUUGGGUAUCUGCCUUAUAUGACUUGAGGAAGCCCCAAUUCAUUCCAGUAGAAUCAAAGUCUAAUGUCGAUGUUACUUACAUGGCCUUAGAUACACCAUUAAUAUUUCGAAGGUGGUCAGAAUCCAUAUUUGCUUGCAACAUUUUAUCAGAGAAAUUGGAGGAGAAUCCAAGAAAGAUGUACAAGUGCAAUCAGCACUGGGUCAUCAUUGCUUUUUCUAAUAUCUACAAUUUUCCAUUCCGUAUGGCUGAGAAGAUCGUUUCUUCUUUUCAUCAAGCUAGUGAGACAAUCAUCGGAGGUUGUGGUUCGGGGUUUCAUAUGUAUGGGUACAUACCAAUGAUUGCAAAUACGAAGUAUGUGUCAAAGAAUCCAUUUGUUAAGAAAUUAUGGAUCUUUAUCUUUAAGGAGGUGAGACGUAAAUCCAAAAACGCAGAUGAUCAAAUAGAAGUGAUGAAGAUAUUUGAAGCCAGAGGUGAUCUAUUUCUUAAGAGUAGCUUGUGGGAGAAUAAUUGUGGCAAUCUUUCAGUGUAUGUCACCAAGAUUAAUUACGAUGCCAGUAUUAUACUGUGGCAUCUUGCUACUGAAAUUUGGUACGAUAGAGAGAAAUCCACAACCAGAACUGAUGAAAGGGAAUAUAGUAAGAUCCUCUCCGACUACAUGUUGUAUCUUGUACUUAAUCAGCCUAAUGUGGUGUCCACUGUGGCGGGCAAUGCCCAAAUGAUAUUGGCAGAGACAUUGCGCGUGCUACAAAAGUGCCCCAAUCUUGCAACCAAGGAUGUGGAGGGGCUAUGCAACGCAUUACCACUCAGCGAGGGGAUCAAUUUGGCCAAAGUGAUGGAAAGCCUCAGGGAUUCGAAGUGGAAGGUGAUGAGUGGAGUGUGGGUUGAGAUACUGUCAUAUGCAGCCAUUCAUAGUAAGAGAGCUACACAUGCACAGGUGUUGAGCAAAGGUGGAGAGCUUCUAGCCUUUGUUUGGUUGUUGAUGGCUCAUUUCGGUUGCUUCUACACUCCUGAAUGGGGCAUAUAUUAUGAAGACUGGCAUGAGCUCUUCAAUCCAAGUGUAAUACAUAGGUGUCGUGACCCUCUUGAAGCGGAUCCCAAGGAGGUUUGA